AUGGCAAAGUCUGAGACUAUUGAUGCCAUCUGGGCUGAGUUCAAGGACAAACCAGCUUACAGAAAUACUUUUUUUUUCAGACACUGGAUCCUGGAUGCUGUCCCCUACAUCGGAAGUUCAGUGUCUGUGAGAUUCAUCAAGGAGAAGUUUUUGGCUGGUGACAUCACUAUUUUUGAGGCUGUUCAGGCUGUGGUUGCCGCUGUGCAUAUGGUGGCUGCUGAUCUGGACACUGUCAAGCUUUUUGAAAGCCUAGCUUUAAACCACAAGAUUCAGACACACCCAGUUCUACGUGAGAUCACCAUGCUUGGUUAUGGUACCAUGGUUUCCAAAUACUGUGUUGAAUAUCCCAACUGCCAUGCUGAACUUGUGAAGCCCAUCCACGAACUUGCUGUUGAGGCUGUUGCUAAUAGGAAAUUUGAGGAACUCUCCAUGCUUCUUAAAGUUCUGGGUAAUGCUGGCCAUCCUGCUAGCAUUAAACCAAUCACAAAGCUCCUGCCCGUGUUUGGAACUGCAGCUGCUGCUCUGCCCCUGAGAGUCCAGGCUGAUGCAGUCUUGGCCCUGAGGAACAUUGCUAAGAGGGAGCCUAGAAUGGUCCAGGAAGUUGCUGUGCAGUUGUUCAUGGACAAGGCUCUCCACCCAGAGCUCCGCAUGCUUGCCUGCAUUGUUCUGUUUGAGACAAAGCCCCCAAUGGGCCUGGUGAUUACUUUAGCUAACAUUCUGAAAACAGAGGAAAAUCUGCAGGUGGCUAGCUUCACCUACUCUCACAUGAAGUCCCUGACCAGGAGCACUGUCCCUGACUUUGCCUCAGUUGCUGCUGCCUGCAAUGUUGCUGUCAAGAUGCUCAGCAACAAAUUUAGAAGAUUGAGCUGCCACUUCAGUAAAGCCCUCCACCUGGAUGCCUAUAGCAGUCCCCAGAGGAUUGGUGCUGCUGCCAGUGCUUUCUACAUCAACGAUGCUGCCACCAUUUUCCCCAGAACCGUCGUGGGCAAAGCUCGCACCUACUUUGCUGGAGCAGCUGCUGAUGUUCUUGAGGUUGGAGUGCGAACUGAGGGCAUCCAGGAGGCUCUUCUGAAAAUCCCCACAGAUCCUGAAAAUGUUGACAGGAUCACCAAGAUGAAGCGUGUCAUUAAGGCUCUGUCUGACUGGAGGUCCCUAACCACAAGCAAGCCCCUAGCCUCCAUAUAUGUGAAGUUCUUUGGACAGGAAAUUGCCUUUGCCAACAUCGACAAGUCCUUCAUCGAUCAGGCACUUCAGCUUGCCAACAGUCCUUCUGCACACGCUUUGGGAAAAAAGGCCUUGAAGGCACUGUUGGCUGGAGCAACUUUCCAGUAUGCUAAGCCCCUGCUGGCUGCAGAGGUGCGUCGCAUCUUCCCCACCGUUCUUGGUUUGCCCAUGGAGCUAAGUUUCUACACUGCUGCUGUCGCUAAAGCAGACCUCAAUGUCCGUGCCACUCUGAAACCUGCUCUGCCUGAAACCUUCCAUGUUGCCCAGCUAUUGAAAACAAACAUUCAGCUACAUGCCGAAGUUAGGCCAAGCAUUGUCAUGCAUACAUUUGCUGUGAUGGGAGUGAACACUGCAUUCAUCCAGACUGCUAUUAUUGCAAGAGCUAAGGUCCACACAAUUGUCCCUGCAAAAUUGUCAGCAGAGCUUGACAUCGCUCAUGGCAACUUCAAGAUUGAAGCUUUACCUGUUUCCGCUCCUAAAUAUAUUGUUGCCACACACAUUGAGACCUUUGCUGUGGCAAGAAAUGUGGAGGAUUUCCCAGCUGAGAGAAUAACUCCCAUGAUUCCUGCCCAAGGAGUAGCAAGAAGCGCACAGCAGUCCAGGGAGAAGUUUACAUCUAUGAUUGCAGCCUCUGCUGCCUCUUUUGCUGGAAGUUUGUCAAGAUCUUCCGAGAUCAUCUAUUCUGAUUCGCCAUCCAAGUUCAAGCCCAUCACACGGAUUGAGGAGACAAUCUGUGUCGAAAGGCUUGGAGUCAAUGCAUGCUUUGAAUUUGAUUCUGAGAAUGCUGCCUUCAUCAGAAACACUCUUUUCUACAAAAUGAUUGGAAAGCAUUCAGUCCUUAUUUCUGCGAAACCAUCAGCAUCUGAACCCGCCAUCGAGAGGCUGGAGUUUGAAGUGCAAGUUGGACCCAAGGCUGCAGAAAAGAUUAUCAAAGUCAUCACCAUGAACGAAGAGGACGAAGCUCCAGAGGGAAAAACUGUACUGUUGAAGCUCAAGAAAAUUCUGGUGCCUGAUCUGAAGAAUUCCUCCAGUUCCAGCAGCUCUCGUUCCAGCAGCUCUCGCUCUAGUAGUUCCCGCUCUAGCAGCAGCUCUUCCAGCUCCUCCAGCACUCGCCUCUCCAAGCCUUACGACCCCAACGACGACAACCCCAACGACCGCAAAUUCAACAGGUAUCACAAGGACUCUCAAGCCACCUCCAAUAUAAUCUCCAGAAGCAAGAGCAGUGCCUCUAGCUUCCAUGCCAUCUACAAGCAGGCCAAAUUCCUUGGCAAUACUCUCGCCCCUAAGGUGACCAUCCUCUUCCGUUUAGUGAGAGCUGACGAUAAGAAUGAGGGAUACCAGGUUACUGCUUACUUGAACAAAGCUACUUCCAGACUGCAGAUCAUUCUGGCUGCCCUUGAUGAGAACGACAACUGGAAACUGUGUGCUGAUGGUGUUGUGCUCAGCAAACACAAAGUCACUGCCAAGAUUGCUUGGGGUGCAGAGUGCAAGGAAUAUAACACCUUUAUCACUGCUGAGACUGGUCUUGUUGGUCCAAGCCCUGCAGUUCGUCUGAGGUUGUCUUGGGACAGACUCCCCAAGGUUCCCAAGGCUGUUUGGCACUGUGUUAGGAUCGUGUCUGAAUACAUCCCUGCGUACAUCCCAUCUUACCUGGCUGAAUUGGUUCCAAUGCAAAAAAACAAAAAUAGUGAGAAACAGAUUCAAUUAACUAUGAUUGCAACAUCUAAAACGACCCUGGAUGUCAUUCUGAAAGCACCCAAGAUGACACUGUAUACACUGGGUGUGACCCUCCCCUGUUCUCUGCCCAUUGGGUCUGAGACUGAUCUUACUCCCUUUGAUGACAACAUUGUUAACAAAAUCCACUACUUGUUUUCUGAUGUCAACGCAGUUCAAUGUAGCAUGGUCAGAGACACAUUGACCACAUUUAACAACAGGAAGUACAAGACCAAGAUGCCUCUCUCUUGCUACCAAGUUUUGGCUCAGGAUUGCACCAUAGAGCUCAAAUUCAUGGUCCUGCUGAAGAAGGAUCACGCAUCUGAACAAAACCACAUCAAUGUGAAAAUCUCUGACAUUGAUAUCGACCUGUACACUGAGGACAAUGAUGUGAUAGUGAAGGUCAAUGGAAUGGAAAUUUCCAACGACAACCUCCCAUACCAGGACCCCUCAGGUUCUAUCAAGAUCAAACGGAAGGGUGAAGGCGUGUCUCUCUAUGCCCCAAGCCACGGUCUCCAAGAAGUCUACUUUGAUAAGGACUCAUGGAAGAUUAAAGUUGUGGACUGGAUGAAGGGACAGACCUGUGGACUCUGUGGAAGGGCUGAUGGCGAAGACAGACAGGAGUACCGUACACCCAGUGGCCGCCUGACCAAGAGCUCAGUCAGCUUUGCCCAUUCCUGGGUGCUUCCUUCUGAGAGCUGUCGUGAUGAGUCUGAAUGCCUCAUGACGUUCGAGUCUGUGAAGCUGGAGAAGCAGGUGAUUGUUGAUGCCCAGGAGUCCAAAUGCUACUCUGUUGAGCCUGUGCUGCGCUGUCUGCCUGGAUGCCUCCCAGUGAGAACCACCCCCAUCACCAUCGGUUUCCACUGCCUGCCCGUCGAUUCCAACCUGAACCGCUCUGAAGGUCUGAGCAGCAUCUAUGAGAAGAGUGUGGACCUGAGCGAGAAGACAGAAGCCCAUGUGGCCUGUCGCUGCUCUGAGCAGUGCAUUUAGUGCUCUGGUGGAGCAGAUACUGUAACUUUUAUAACAGAAAAUAUGUCAUUUCACAUCACUGAGAUGUAACCUACAACAUUAUUGAACACUCAAAUUGUAAUAAAUCCAACUGUGCAUUCAAAGAUGGUCUCUGAU